AUACUAAUCGAACGGCAACCAAGACAGUAUUCUCUUAGAUCUGCCACUGCUAUCAAACUAAAGGAAAAGCCACCAUGUCGCUCCGCCUCGUAUCGUCGCCCUACUUCCGGCGUUUUCUGUUGGCCAACAAAAAUGGCAAGACCGUACCAUCUCGCGCUAUGAGCCGCGAUCCCUACUCCGAUCCCCGGGGAUUCACCUUCACCGAUAUGAAAAAGAACCCAGCCGUUCUCCCACUGGUCGUCAUCAUUGGUUGUACCAUGGCAGGUGUCGUUGGCUACAGUACGUACGCCGCGCUAACUCGUCCAGAUGUCAGUCUCAACAAGAAAACCUACGAGUGGGACACCAUGGACGUCAUGAAUCCGAAGAAACUGAAGAUGCGCGUGUUCAACCAGGAAUAUAAGCCUAUGCCGGAGCUUAAUGAAGCCCUAUCCUACCGGGAGGAGUAUGCCAAGCAAGCCUCGUCAGAUUAGAUUACCCAACCUUUGUCCCCGGCCAUAGCCAAUAGAUCUUGCAGAGCAUGUGUCACACAUUGCUAUCAUAGUAAUACCACCGUACAACUUCAAUUAAUAAGCAUUGAGCAUAUCCGUUUUAUAACAGCACACCUCGACACCGCCAGCACGGUCCAGAACUACUUGAAACUGCACCGAGAGAGUUAUCGUUACUUAAGACCAUCACUUGUCGUUGUUGCAAGACAACAGCAGCAAUAUUAGUAGCAAUGUUUUAAGCCAAUAAAUUAUUCCCCCGCGUUACUAGAUGGUAGAGUUGUAGAGCACAAUAUAAAAGUAGUCAGUCUGUGUGUCUCACUCUCGAUUCGUGAUCCAAGCGAAUCGUGACCUGGUGAGAUUAGAGAAGCUUUCAAGUCUUA